UGAAGCCAACUUUUGAAUUUAUGAGAUUCAGAGAGCGGUUUAAAGCGGUUUAGAGCGAUUUGAGCGAUUGUUGCAAACCACCGACAACUGCUACCAACCGCAAAAACUGCGGGUGGUAGCAGGAAAACCAGUCAUCCCCGUAAUAUAAUAUGAAACGGAGGAGUACUAUCGUAGAUCCCACUGAUACAAUUGAUAUCACGAACGAAAGAGAGACAUCGGAACCUGCCCCAGAGAAAAAAAACAAUCUCUUUUUUGGUAAAAAAAAUCAAUCUUGGUACGCAUAUUUUCAAACUUUCUAUUUUGGGUGAAAUGGUUUAAUUCAUUCAUUCGAAACAACCAACAUAAAAAGAACACAUGUCGGAACAAAAUGUCCACAAAGACCCUGUUGUAAUAACUUCCAUAUCUAAUCGUCACCUAUGAUUGGGGAUCUGAUAUAAUUACACAUAAGUCAAAUCGUCACAGUUUUGGUAGUAAAUCGAAGCGCUCAUUUGUGUAAUAAAGUUGUACGUUAUUAUGUUCUAGAAAAAAUAUAAGAAAUCUUCUCAAUUCUUUCUCUCUCUCUCUCUCUCCCUCUCUCUCUCUCUAUCGAAACUCUUCAGACCCAAAAAAAAGACAAGGAAUAAUAAAAUGUCUCAAAUGGACAUUUCUACGAGAACUGAGGAAGGAGGAUGGAGAAGCAAGCCUUCGUUUAUGACGUGGAGAGCGCGCGACGUUGUCUACGUGAUGAGACACCAUUGGAUACCGUGUCUGUUCGCGGCCGGAUUCUUGUUCGUCGUAAGCGUGGAGUCCUCGAUCAAGAUGGUUUCCGAGAGUUCUCCACCGUUCGAUAUUGGGUUUGUGGCCACGGAGUCUCUGCAUCAUAUCUUGGCUUCUUCACCGGAUCUGAACACCGGUUUGGCCGCUCUAAACUCGGUGUUAGGAGUGAUGCAAGUAUCGUAUAUUGCAUGGACAUGGUUAAUAGAAGGACGGCCACGAGCCACCAUCACGGCUUUAUUCCUCUUCACUUGUCGCGGUGUUCUCGGUUACUGUACGCAGCUUCCUCUUUCAAAGGAGUAUCUAGGAUCAGCAAUCGAUUUCCCGCUAGGAAACCUCUCGUUCUUCUAUUUUUUCUCGGGUCACGUGGCAGGCGCGACCAUCGCAUCUUUGGACAUGAGGAGGAUGCAGAGGUUGAGACUUGCGAUGCUUUUUGACAUCCUCAAUGUAUUACAGUCGAUCAGGCUGCUUGCGACGAGAGGACACUACACGAUCGAUCUCGCAGGUGGAGUUGCCGCCGCGAUUCUCUUUGACUCAUUGGCCGGCAAGUACGAAGCUAAUACAAGAAAGAGGCAAUUGUAGGAACAGGUUUCAGCUUGAUUACCAAAAGACUUCAAAGAUUUCAUUCAACAUGUUUAGUUGCUGUUGAAUUAAGUCUAAUGUGGUUCGGCAAUUAUUCUCCCCAUGAGCCAGUGGCUUGGACUUCUUCGACCCUAAUGUUCAUGGUCAGACUGUAUAUGUUGUUUAUUUCUCAUUUUUUCAUUCGACUCCGCAAUUUGUGAUACGGGUUUGGUUAACACUAGUUGGUUCAGUUGUUUUCAAUUGGUUUUACUCUGAAAGUUAUAAACGUUUUGUAAUACCAGAUUUUACCCAACAACGCUCUUAUUAACAUCCCAGUUCAAUGUUGACCGGAUCAUAGAAACGGAUAAGAAAAAAAUGAGUAAGAAUAAAAUUUAAAAAAUGAUGAGGAAUGAUGAUUCCUUAUUAAAAUUAAUAAAGAAUAAAUUUGUUUUAUAAUUCUCUACAAACAACAAAAGAAUGAAGAGGAAUGAAAAAAAAAUCUAUUCCUAGUGAAUGGUAAAAAAUUUAAGGAAUGCUAAAAAACAUAGUGUUCCUCAUCAUUCUCUUGUGACAAAAAAAAAAAAAAGUUCCUCAUCAUUCUCUUGGUUACCAUUCAAAACAUGAAAAAAAAACUUAAAAUUACUAGCUUAAUUAAUUAAUCAAAUAGUGAAAGCAUUUUGAUCUAGUGGUUAAAAUUUAAAGUCUUUUUCACAAGGUAUGAAGUUCGCACUGCAUAUAGAACCUUAAUUUGACAAGUGUUGAAAAAUAUAAAAAUUGGUUAGCCUUAUUUAA